AUGAUGGCGUCUGGGCUGGACGCGUCCACCAAGCUGUCGCCCUUCCUGGCGCUGGGAUGCAUAUCGCCAAGGCAGGUGGAGUCCGAGGUCAGGGCAGUCCAGCAGCAGCAGCAGCAGCAGCAGCAGCAGCAGCAGCAGCAGCAGCAGCAGCAGCGGGAGGACGCGGAUGCACCGGGUGCUAAUGCCAGCGCUCAGGCAGUGCGCGGCAGCACUGGCGUUGCCGCUGCUGCCGGCCCCGGCGCCAAGAGCAAAAAGCACUCGAAAGGAGGUGGCAGCGGCGGCGGCGGCGCGGCCGAGGGGUGUGAGUGGCUGGUGAUGCACCUGGUUAUUCGAGACUUUUUCAUAUACACAGCCCUCAAGGCGGGUGACGCCCUGGUGACGACGGGAACUGCCGCUGGAGCAGCGGCGCCACCCCCAGCGACAGCAGGCGCCCGGCAGGCGGGGGCGAGCGAUACCGCAGAGGAAGGGCCGGCCGUGUGGCUUCAGGACGAGGAGGUGUUCGCGCAGUGGGCAUCUGGGCGGACUGGCUUCCCUUUCGUUGACGCGUGCAUGCGCGAGCUGGCGGCGACGGGGUGGAUGAGCAACCGCGGGCGCCAGAACGCGGCCUCAUUUCUGUCAAAGGAGCUCGGGCUGGACUGGCGGCUGGGGGCGGAGCUGUUUGAGAGCCUGCUGCUGGACAGCGAGGCGGCCUCCAACUGGGGAAACUGGGCCUACUGCAGCGGCGCCGGCAACGACCCCCGCAACCGCAAGUUUAAGACGGUCACCCAGGGGGAGCGGUACGAUCCCGACGCAGCGCUGGCCGCGGCAUGGCUGCCAGAAUUGAGUCGCCUGCCCGCAGCCCUGCGGCACCGCCCGUGGGAGGCCACCCCUAAGCAGGCAGAGGCGGCCGGGUUUGUGCCCGGGCAGACGUACCCCGACCCAAUGGUGGACCCUUCAAACCAGAUAGGCGAGGGGCCCAAGGAGCGGCGCCCGCCCAAGGGCGCCGCUGGGUCGCAGGAGCAGCCGCGGGCUCCGGCAGAGCGGAUGAAGGGUCAGCGGCGGGGGCGGCAGGCGAAGCAGCUGCGGCCAGCUGAGGGUGCCCCUGAAACGGCAAAAAAGACGCUCCCCAACCAGUGGGCGCUCCACCACUCCAGGUGGCGCUAUAUCAACGGCCUCGUCCCCUACCUCGGGCCCCCUAUCUACACGCUCCGCAACGUGCUCGCCCCAGUGCUGCUCGUCUGCGCCGUCUGCAUCGGCAUAAAAUUCGCAGAGGGGCGCACCGCCUGGAAGCUGGACGCCCAGAACAACUUCGCCCGGCUGUACCGCUACUCGUCAUUCGUCCUGUCCCUGCUGCUGGCGUUCCGGCUGAACCGCACAUACGACCGGUGGUGGAACGCGCGGUGCGCGUUUGGCAGCAUCGGGGGCGGCGUGGUCAACAUCGUGCGGCAGGUGGCCACGUGGAGCGACGACCCCGUGCUCAUCAGGUGGGGCGCGGCCGCGGCUAUCCUGGGGACUGUGCGGCAGGGCGGCCCCAAGACUACGGAUCACCGAGUGAAGCUGCUGCUUGAUCCGGAUGAGCUGAGGCUGUACGAGAGCACCACCAAGCCCAGCAAGCUCUGCGGCAGCAUGCUGGCAGCUCUGACUGUGGAAGCAAAGUUUGGGGAGCAGCGAGAGUACUACAUUAAUGAGAUGCUGGGGCUGGUGGCUGGCCACUGCGGCAUGGUGGCGCGCAUCAAGCUGCAGUCCAUGCCCUUUGGCAUGACACUCUUCUGCACUGGCUGGACCUAUGUCUGGCUCCUGCUGCUGCCCUUUGGCGUGUUCCCCGAGGCGUCCUGGUCCGCCAUGCUACCUGUGUUUAUGAUGGCGGUAAUGAUGCUGGGGCUGGAGGACCUGUCCAAUCAGAUGGAGGAACCCUUCAAAUUUUUCGCAUACGAGGCCAUGGUGGCGACGAGCGCCAAGGACAUGCCGCGCACAGUCUGGGAGGUCCAGGAGUGCAAGGCUGUGAUAGACAAGAAGUACCGCCCCUCGAUGGGCAGCGACGGGUCUGCGGAGGACGCGGGCAUCCCUCCGUGGCCAUCGCUCGCGCCGCUGCAGCAGCGCCUGUGA